GAUAUGUCAUAAACUGGUAUACUAUUAUAUAGAUUAUAGAUAUAAGAGUAUUGUAAAUUUGUAAUAAAUAAUGGUUUGUCGGCGCGUUGUGGCUUUGAUACAGAUCUGAACUUAAUAGUACAAUAAUUAUUGUUUGUGUAAUUAUUAGUGCUGAUACAAAUAAUUACAAAUAAUUCCUUAUUACRCWCGUUGACGAUCUUCCAAUUUUCUUUGAACGUUGCAUAAAAAUUAGAAAUUGUCAGCUGCUACUGUUCAUCUCGUUGAAUGCUUUUAGAAAGUUCGACGUUUCUUAACUACUUUACAGAUAUUUAUAUGUGUUGAUUUAAAAUGCCUUUAGCCAAAAGUAUACUUCAUCCAUCUGCUACACAAGAUUUAAGUACCCACAAAUUGAAGCGGCUUGUACCUCGUCCAAAUUCAUAUUUUAUGGAUAUCAAGUGUCCAGGUUGUUACAAAAUUAAAACCGUUUUUAGCCAUGUUCAAGAGAAAGUAAGAUGUGAUGGUUGUCUAAUAGUACUUUGYAGACCAACUGGAGGCAAAGGAAAAUUGUCUGACGGAUGUUCUUAUCGAAAAAAACACUAAGGAACUAUUUGUGUUGACUUCAAAAUUACUAUUAAAUUGAUCAAUAUUUUCAUAAUUAAAAUUAUAUUUUAUCAAUAUUA